UUCAAUGAUGCUUUCGGCUGAUGAUUUAUCUCCGGAUUCUGGUGAUCCACUCUCGGCUGAUGAUUUACCUUCGGGUUCUGGUCUUCGACCACUCUCGGCUGAUGAUUUACCUCCGGAUUCCGGUCGUCCAUGCCGCAUCCAAUGGAGCCCAUGCUGGGUGCUGGAUAACACUGUAAAGCUGGCCUCAGGCUUGACGGCGGCGGAGGAGGCCGCCUAUGAGGACAUCCAGGGGUAUUUCCGUCUUCUGGAGGCAGACCGAGACAGGCUCCGGGAGCUCGUCAAGAAGCCUAGUGAGAGGAUGCUGUGGAGACGGGAGCUUCAGAGGGCUUGCCACCAGGACGACUGGGAUGACUUGCGGAAGGAGUUGAAGCAAAUGCAGCACGGAGUAAGGACAUGCGAGGCUGUCAUCAGAGACACCAUUGUCAAGAAAGAAAUACUCAACGACGAGUUGGAGAGAGAGAUUGCGAUAAUGCACAUCUGUAAGAGCUGGUAUUCCCUGCUCGAUGUCAAUUUCGCUCCUGCUGUGGAGAAGGUGCGUGAGGAGACAUGGUGGUUUAUGGAAUUGGCUGAAAAACACCAGGCCUCUCUGGUUCCCGUUGACAACCCUGACACAGCUGACCUCGACCAGCAGAAGGAAGCUGACAAAGCCACCAAGAAGGCACAGGAGGAGGCUGAAAAGGCAGCCAAAGAAACACAGAAGCAAGCUGAGAAGGCAGCCAAGGAAGCAGAGAAGCCAAAUGAGAAGGCACAAAAGGAAGCUGAAAAGGCAGCCAAGAAGGCAGAGAAAGAUGCUGAGAAGGACGCUAAGGUGGCAGCCAAGGAAGCAGAGAAGGCCGCCAAGGCAGCACAAGAGGAAGCUGAAAAGCUUGCAAAGAAGGCACAGGAGGAAGCUGAAAAGGCAGCCAAAAAAGCAGCCAAGGAUGCCAAGAAGGCACAAGAGGAAGCUGAAAAGGCAGCAAAGAAGGCACAGGAGGAGGCUGAAAAAGAAGCCAAGGUGGCAGCCAAGGAAGCAGAGAAGGCCGCCAAGGAAGCUGAAAAGGCAGCUAAGGUGGCAGAAAAGGAAGCAGACAAGGCUGCCAAGAAGGCACAAAAGGAAGCUGAAAAGGCAGCCAAAGAAGCUGACAAGGCUGCAAAGAAGGCACAGAAAGAAGCUGAAAAGGAAGCAAGGAAGGCCCAGAAAGAAGCCGAGAAGGAAAUCAAGAAAGCCGAAAAGGCAGCGAAGGCAGCAGAGAAGGAAGCUGAAAAGGCAGACAAGAAAGCACAGAAGGAAGCCGAGAAGGCUGUCAAGAAGGCCCAGAAAGAAGCCGAGAAGGAAGCGAAAGAAGCUGAGAAGGCCGCCAAGAAGGCAGAGAAGGAAGCGGAAAAGGCUGCCAAGGAGGCACAAAAAGACGCAGAGAAGGCUGCUAAGCAAGCAGAGAAAGAAGCAGAGAAGGCUGCAAAGAAGGCACAGGAGGAGAAGAAAAGGGCACAGAACAGCAGCCAAUAAAGCACAGCCGGGGAUCAGUGAGGUACAAUGGGUCCAGUCAGCACGCCUGGUCCUCCCACCCAAAAUGCCAGGGUGGAGUAUGUGGAGGGGAAAACGAGCAGCUUCGAAUGAAUGGCAGUGAGAGAGAUAGCAAAAGUAAAUUUCCAUUGUUACACUACUUCUAAAAGGCACCUAGAUGAUUAGAUGUUUGCUUUUGAAAUGAAAAUCGAAUGCGGAGGUAAACCCCUGCAAAUUUACACUUCCUAAUAGAGCACCGUAAGUAUCCCUGAGCUGCCAUUUUGAUGUAGAAACAAGGAUCAUAGCAGUCAAUGGAAUUAGCCUGACUCUCCCAAUGAUAUCUGAGCAUUAUUCUCACAUGCUUUUGAUCAUUAAGCAUUUGCAGAUGAUCAUGUCAACAUGGUCCACUGUACAUUGUGACCAAAAAAUUCAAAAUAGGAACUUCUGAAAAACUGCAUUAUUUUGUCCGAUAGGGCAAAAGGACAGGUGCUUUAGCACCACCACAUUCGUAUCUGUUAUGGUUGUAUAUACUGUGACGAUGAUAACGAGUGUUGAUGUUGCUCUGCUAACAGCAGCUAUUCAAAUUCAAAUUCAAAUUCAAAGCUAUUCACUGCCAUCCAUUCGAAACUUCCUGUGUUCCCCUCUGCAUACGGGCCAGACGUGCUGACUGGAUCUAUAUGGACUUAAAAAAGGACAAACAGCGAGAGACUGAGGAGUGAAGAAAACCAUAACUCCUGUCUUAAGAACUCUGGGCUGUGCCACUUGUCAACAUGGCUUCUCACUUGUCCGAAUGUAUAUACUGUAUAUAUUUAACUUUUAUUUUCAUUAUCACUAUCAUUAAAACUAACAA